AUAUUAGCACGUUGACUUGACAGAUUUCACUCGCCCACCUCCUUCGUUGUAUUCUGCCAUAAGAUUUACUUCGUUCACCAUUCCUGAUCCUCGCCCACUUGUCUCUCCUUGCCUCCCCCUCCAUUUCCUACCCUAAGGAUUCUGUCAGCAAGCUACACAGCCGCAGCAAACAGCAGCACCGUCGCGACAGCGCAGCGCUCGAGCGAGCAGUCACAGUAGUCUGUAUUCGAGACAGCCGGCCGCCGCUGCGUGCUGCGCGUCGCUCCUCCUGCCGUCCCCUCCUGAGGUCACAGUGCUCCGCGAGUCCCCUUGCGGAGUCUCAAAGCGUGUUUCAGUCGUAGUCCCCUUCCCCCCAACUGCGCGUGUGCCCUCCUUGCCUGCUGUUCGUGAGCGCUCCUCGCAUUCCCGCCGCCAUGCGCCAAGGAGAGCCCCGCAGCAGCAAUGGCGAGCCAGGAAUAGCCUAGCAGCAGCUUCAACUGCAGUGUGGCUGCGACUGUGCUCUCGCGCCUCUACUCCGGCGACUUGCGGCAACACCUGCACGCUGCAUGCUGCCAGCCGUCAUGGUUAUGUGCGCGAGGCCUCGUAGCAGUAGAAGCUGGGAGCAUGCGGGCAUGAGGGCAUGCAGGCAUGAGGGCAUGCGGGCAGCCACGUAUGCCGUGAAGUGAACCAUGGGCCCCUUCCCCACUCCUCUGCUCGUCCUUCGUCUGGACUCUCCCCACCCGUCGCUGCUACCGCAUGUGAGCUGAGCAUGCUCCCCCGAACCCAUCUCCUCCCCGCAUCUAUGCUGCAUCCUCCCCCCAUCUCUGUCCACCCUACCUGCUCUCCCUCCUCGUCUGGCCUCUCCUGUUUUCUACUGUCGCACCUGCUGAUGAUGAUCCCUCUCGUCUCCCAUUCUCUCCUAUUGCCACGCCGUCCCCUGGUCUCCGUGCGUUCCUCGUCCACUCAUAUGCUCCUUUCUUCUGAACUGCACUUCUCGUGCCUCCCGUCUCCUUUCUUUCCCCUCUCCCCUCCUUGCAUUCCCAACCGGUUUGGCCCGCUCCUCACGUCCCCCAUGUCAUUUCCGCAUCUCCUUUCCCGCAUGGAAUCGGUUGCCCAUGCAUUUCUUUCCAGCUGGCAAAGCUCAUCAUCGCCCUCCCUGAUCCUACCAUUGUCAGUUCCUCGUCCGUCUCCUCUCUCUCCUCCUGCCCUGUGCCAUCCCUGGGAAUCAGCCAGUGAUUCUCUCUUCCCGGUCCCUCCCUUGGCUCCCCGCUUUCCUCCACAACUCUCGUGAGUCAAGCCUUUGUGAGCAUCCCUCCUCAACGGGUGCGGCGUCGCCAUGUGAGCAUUGUCGCCCUUACACCCAUCCCUGCCCCGCACCCAUCCUCUCCAAACUCUCUCCACCCUAGCUGCUCUGCCUCCCUUUCUUCUUCGCUCCCCGUGUCUCUUAUCGUCCAAUUCACUUAUGAUGUCUCCUCCCCUCUCCCGUCCGCCCUCGUCUCCUCACACUCCUUUUCUUCUCUCAGCUUUUCAAUUCCUUAGGGCGUGGUGCUUUGAAUUUGGUUGUUUGGCAAGUUUCAAACUACGGAGUGGUUGCAUUAAUCGCGAAGGGUGUUCGCCAGUUUCGCGAGGGUGUCAGAGCACCACCCCGAAAUUCGAAACAAAAUUGGCGCGAAGGCGGUUCGAACGCGCCCAUUCGGACAGCACAUUCCACGCCGUACGAAACAUCCCGCCAAACCUCCUAAAGUCCGAUUCGCGAAAUUCGCGAGACUGAAAGAAAGUGUACGUCGUUACCACUGCCGCCAAGAACCCCACACCCCCUUGACCUGAGAGGUCAACCAGCAGUCAACACGUGCCCCCCUUGUGUUUCGAGCACCCUAUCUCACAACUGCGACGACUUGACUUUCGCAAAAUUCGCGAAGCCUCGGAUUUGCGAUGCUCACGUACUCCGUUUCUGUCACCCUCCUUGUAGUUCAAAUGUCUUGGUUCGAUAUUAUGCCGCUUCCAGAAAUUCACGAAAUUCGAACUAAGAAUACGAAAAAACGCCAAACAAACUCAAAGCACCAGGCCCUUAGGCUGCGGUUUUCCCGUAUGCUCUUCACCUCUCCUCGUCGCACUCUCCCAUCACCUCCCUUUUCUUGUUUCUCCCCUUCUGAGGUGCUUUCUGAGGCGCUUUCUAUCUGUCCUCCAGCACAGUCCGCUUGCCUUUUGAAGCUGCUCUCCCCCCUCCUUCACCUUCCUCGACUCCCUCUUGCAUCCCUUUCACUUUCCGCUUCCCCUUUCCCCCUCUCUGUUUCUCUCUCCACCAGUCAGGGAUCUCUAAACGCACAUGUCUGCAACGCACAAGCCAAUGUUGCGGCGUGGUGCCAGCCAGCAGGUCUUUGGUGCCGCCAAAAUCAUGAGGCCAACUACUGAGGCUCCUCAAUGACAUCCGCUGGUCGCAUUGGCUGGCUAGAACAUAGCGACUCCAAUGAACGGCAUAUUGCUGCCACCCAGUGCAUCCCCAGGAGCGAGCUGAGAGGGCGAAAGGGGGGAAGGCUAGUCAAGGGAGAGCAAGAAGAGGAGGACGAGAGGGGAAGAUCUACUCCCUUCACCAUCAACACUGUAGCCGCGCUCAGAGCUGCUGAGGGCGAGUGGACGGAUAAAUAGGAGGAUGAAGGCAUUUGGUGUGGACGGAGUGUUUAAAGCUGCUUCCAUUCAUGCCGCCUGCAUCUCGAUGCGGAGGUGGUGCUGAAGGCCAUGGGGGUGGAUGGCGUGUUUGACUCAGACCCUCGCAGCAACUCUCAGGCGCGCCUGCUGCCGCUGCUGUCGCACCGCGACGUCACGCUGCAGCAGCUCGAAGUCAUGGACCCCACCGCCAUCACGCUGUGCCACAAAAAGAGGCUGCCCGUGGUGGUGUUCAACCUGACAACGCCUGGCAACAUUGUGCGUGCUCUUAGUGGUGAACCCGUUGAGACGCUUAUGCCAUGACUCCCAUGCUGCCACCUACCCCAGACAUGAUGCUGCGGUGUUAUCUUAGGACCUAGGCUAGGAAGGUAGGAAGGCGGCCAUAGAGUGGCAGCAGGGUUUAGCUACACCCAAGUUACUAAGUACACCCAAGUUACAGCACCAUCUACUGGAGCACCCGUUCUGAAAAAAACGUCUGUAACCCGACACCCACUUGCUCAACCGU